UUCAACGAAAAUCACAUUCCACAGCCCCUUUGGCUGUGAUCCUCCCUCUCUCCUAUCCAUCGAAUCCUUCGCCUCGUCUUGCCUUCUUCUGCAAGCAAACUCCAUUCUCCAAUUCCUUUUCGAUUAUGGUGAAAUCGUUCGAGGAUGGAACAUCUCUGCCGCCGUUCCUGGUUAAAUGCUACGAGAUGGUGAGCGAUGAGUCCACGAACGAUUUGAUUUCGUGGACUGAGUCGAACGACAGCUUUAUCAUUUGGGAUGAAUCGAGUUUUUCAUCCCGAUUGCUCCCCAAGUACUUCAAGCACAGCAAUUUCUCCAGCUUUGUUCGGCAACUUAACAUCUAUGGUUUCAGGAAAGUUGAUACAGACCGAUGGCAAUUCGCAAACGAGUCGUUCAUCAAAGGCCAGAAGCAUUUGCUAAAGAACAUCAGUCGAAGAAAACAGCCGCAGAGUGUCGUGCAGAAAAGGGCUCCCCAACCAAAAGAGGAUCCUCCUCCGGCACCCAAAGAAGAAAAACAAAUAGAUCUCUGGAAAGAAGUCGAGAAUCUGAAAACUGACAAAAAUGCACUGAUGCAAGAGCUGAAGAAGCUGAGGCAGCACCAACAAACGUCCGAAACUAAAUUACGUGUCCUGAGAGAACAGCUCAAAGGCAUGGAGAAGCACCAGCAGCAGAUGCUUUCUUUCAUCGUGAUGGCGAUGCAGAGGCCCGAAUUCAUGGUCCAGUUCUUCCAACCGAAAGAGACCAAUUGGCGCGUCACGGAGAACGGGAAUACCAAAUUAAGCGAAGUUACCGACGACGCCGACGAGCUGAAUCCAUCUGACAGGACAAUUGUCAGGUAUCAGCCGCCUCCGACGACUAAUGCCCUGGUGCCGGAACUUGCUACAGAAGUUUCUAAAUCUGAAGACUUGAUGGAACUGGAAUUUUCUUCGGAAGAAUUACGGGAUCUGUUUAUGGAUAUGGAUCUUUUGUUUGGGCCGAUGGACGAGAAACGGCUGCCUUUGGAAAAUACACAGCUUGUUCUCCCGGACUUGCCGGAAAAUGAUCAGAUUUUGGAGCAGCUUCUUUUGUCCGAUCCGGAGAUGGAUGAAAUGGAUGGACAGUUUGUUGAUGAGGACGACGGUGAAUGCCAAAACGAGGCGAGAGAAGGUACAGACAAUUUAACUACGACCUACAAUUCUGAGAAUGUUGAGGUUUUAACGAAACAAAUGGGAUAUCUGACUUCGGAAGUAGGGUUGUGAAGUAGUGAUAGUUUGAACUCGAUAUUUUAAGAUACAUACAUGUGUUUAUCAAGCAACAAUUUUGACAUUCGGGCUUAUAUAAGAUAAGAUGUAUCAUUAUUUUUUUGCCCAACCUUGGUGGUUGUUUUGAGGAUCAAAGAUUAGGUGUUACAUAGAUUUGUUUA